UUCUACGUGAUCAUUCAUGGAUGCAAUAUAUUAAAUAUAAUGAUGAUGUGUAUUAAGAUUUGAGUUGAUAAAUAGACAUUUAAUUGUUAUUAACGCUAGAACAUAAUGUAAUGUUCUCACAAUGUAUACACUUCAAACGACAACUUUGUUUUUAUUCGGAUUUUUUUUAAAUUCACGCAAAGUCGCAGGUAUGAUUUAUAUGGGCUGUUAUCAAGAUAGCAAAGAAAACCGAGUCCUGGCAGAUUAUGAUUACCAUUCUAAUUCGAAUUCACCAACCGAGUGUUCAAACAACUGCAGAAACUACAAGUUUUUCGGAGUGGAGGCGUGGAGUCAUUGCCUUUGUGGUAAUACGAUUAAUUCUGCAACCCAAGUACCAGAGUCAGAGUGUACGCGAAUUUGUCCGGGCGAAACAAGCAAGAGAUGUGGCGAUCAUUGGAGGAUUAAUCUCUACAGGCAUUGGGGCUGCCCACUCGGAAGUUACAGUGUUAAAUGUUCCAAGCAAUGCCAUUGCCGUGUGAGUUCAUGCGACGAUGUUACGGGUGCAUGUGGAAAUGGUGGCUGUAAAGACGGAUGGAAAGGAAUAGCGUGUAAUGAAAGUAUGAUUUAUAUGGGCUGUUAUCAAGAUAGCGGAGGAAACCAAGUCCUGGCAGAUUAUGAUUACCAUUCUAAUUCGAAUUCACCAACCGAGUGUUCAAACAACUGCAGAAACUACAAGUUUUUCGGAGUGGAGGCGUGGAGUCAUUGCCUUUGUGGUAAUACGAUUAAUUCUGCAACCCAAGUACCAGAGUCAGAGUGUACGCGACUUUGUCCGGGCGAAACAAGCAAGAGAUGUGGCGAUCAUUGGAGAAUUAAUCUCUACAGGCAUUGGGGCUGCCCACUCGGAAGUUACGGUGUUAACUGUUCCAAGCAAUGCCAUUGCCGUAAGAGUUCAUGCGACGAUGUGACGGGUGCAUGUGGAAAUGGUGGCUGUAAAGACGGAUGGAAAGGAAUAGCGUGUGAUGAAAAUGAAUGGCAGUGGGUCUCUGGAGUGUUAAACUUUUCGUCGCAGUAUAAUACCGGCACGUGCCAUGUCCGGCUUUGCGUUGUAACAUUUACGAAAAACGAAACAAGCUGGUUUACAGGACGUAAAAGUUAUAGUGCGCAGCAAAUACUGGGUGUUCCAGAUGUGUACCCUUCAUACGGGGAUCUCCAUGGAGCAUGGGCUUCAAAAGACAUCGACGCAAACCAGUUCUUGGAGUUCCAGUUCGCCACUCCCGUCUACGUAACAAAAGUCGACGUCUACGAGACUUACAAUGCUGGCGGUGUCAAGGCCGUUAAGUGCCUCGAUGUCUCAGGCACGUGGAUAACGCUAUGGUCGACGCCUCAAGUAUCCCGGAUUCAGUCUGCGAGGAUAUUUAGUCCAUCGUUUACGUCUACAACUCCUUGUUUCUCGAACCAAAUUCGGCUGGAUAUAGACUGCACCUUGGCAAACACCUGGGUGGAGAUAGACGCUGUGAGGCUGCACGGCCCAAAGGAUAGAGACGCUGUGAGGAUGCACGGCUCCCAGGAAGAUUAUACAAAAACAAUUAUAUGGACUUUAAUUGCAAUCGUCCUGACGAUACUGAUUGGCAGCGGAAUUGCCUUGCGCCAAGUAAGAAGGAGAAGGGCUCUGAAUGCCGUUCAACUGAAUCAACUUCAAUCCUCGAAUAGUCCCCAGGGGACGACCGCUCUGAAUACCGUUCAAUUGAAUCAACUUCAAUCCUCGAAUAGUACCCAAGGGAGUAGGGCUCUGAAUACCGUUCAACUGAAUCAACUUCAAUCCUCGAAUAGUUCCCAAGUGAGAAGGGCUCCGAAUGCCGUUCAACUGAAUCAACUUCAAUCAUCGAAUAAUCCCCAAGAGAGGGCUCCGAAUGCCGUUCAACUGAAUCAACUUCAAUCAUCGAAUACUUCCCAAGGGAGAAGGGCUCUGAAUGCCGUUCAACUGAAUCAACUUCAAUCAUCGAAUAAUCCCCAAGCUGAAUGGAGGAGGGCUCUGAAUGCCGUUCAACUGAAACAACUUCAAUCAUCGAAUAGUCAAAAAGUUAAUGAAGUACGAAAGUACGACAUGCAAGUGAAGACACAUAACGCAGAGGCCAAAGAGGAGAAAAAUAACGUCAAGGUGGUCAAUUCCUCAGACUUCGUAAUUUAGGAGAAUUACAGUAAAUGAGAGAAAACAAGGAAUACGUAAACGAAGAGUUCUAUUGUGUAGUCAAAUAUAGUAAACCUAGAGGAAUUACGUCCAAAAAGGUAUUUUAAUAUAGCUUGAGUUCUGUAAGUGCCAAUUGUUUAACUCCUUAACGCAAAUUUACAUGUUCGUUUUGAAAAUGUAAAUACUUACACCACUCAUUAGGCAUGCUUUAAAACAAAUAAACGUCCGCGAAAUAACCUGCUUGAUAAUAGCAUUUCCUGGAUAAAGCUGUAAUGCUCAAAAGAAGGACGUAAUUAUAUCAAAUGCCGUCUAUUUGUGUUUAUGGUAUUCGUUAAUUUGUAUUAUUAUGGGAGGGUGACAAACUCUUCAGUUUGUUGUCAUUAAUAUAAAGAUCGGUUAUUUUGAGGAAUAUGUACGAUUAAAAAAUCUGGUGAUACUGUCAAACAUGUUACUUUGCUCGGCACGAAUACAUUUACCUUUAGUCAAUUCUAAUUUGUCAGUACAUUUUCUAUCAUGAGUUUAUGAACAUUUGUAUAUGCAAUUAGCGAGCUUCUUCGAGAAUUUUGACAAAAUUCUAGGGCUUGUAUAAUUAAGCAUAGUACGUUACGACGAGUGGUAGCUGUUAAAGCUGCUUAAAAGUUUUACGUCGUUUGCUGAUUACGUUUAUCAUUUCGCUAAAAAUGCAUCAUGAUCUGUGUCAUUCAAUCAAUAAGAAUCUUAUGAAAACACUAACUGUUUUUUUACAUAUAUUAUAGCAGAAAACAAAUCACAACAUUUUUGUGAUGUUCGUUUUGCACCAGAAAUAAGCAAAAGUUUGUUUUUAAAACUAUUAAUGUUAUGAACACAGAAAUUUCAAAAUGCGGUGUUAUUGUCUCUUUAUAUUUCUUUAUCUUAACUAUUUAACCAUGUUUAUUUGGGAGGCGAAAAUAUAAUGUAUGACUGUAAAGUUAUGUUAUACCAUGCUAAAAUCUACAUUACAUUUCGUUUCAAGUGUAUUUCUGAAGUAAGAAUGUUAGUUUUUGACCGUUAUUUUACUCGGGGUGUAAAAUAUGUACUGUUAUGUUAUGUCAGUUCGAAUAAUCUAAUCUCUAAAGUGUAUUAUAUGGUUUCCUAUUUUAAUUUUGCAGUUAUUAAAAUGUUUUAUACUAUAUAUCUGUUUUCCUUUUUAUACCCCCGGUGCUUUGCAUUGACCGUUCCAAGGCGGUGACCCAAUCUUUAUUCUUCUAUGUGUGUAUGUUGUUUCGUAUUUUGCUGUUUCGUACUGUUUUGGCAUUUGAUCACUUGCCUUAAAUAAAGGACCAACAAAUUGAAUUGUAUAUAAAAAGAAUGCACUACUGCUACAUCAGCUGGAGUUUCACUUCUUUAUAUUGAAUAUUCAAGCCAUUAAAGUGUAUGAUAAUAUAUAGUUUGUCUCCUAUUUGUCUAGUGCAACCAUGAUAUUGUAUUAUAUUGUAAAGCUUUAUGUCUAAUUGGAUGAAUCGACUUUGAAAUAAUUGCAUAUGUAUUGUGUUACUCAUUAUUAUUAUUGUUAAGCUACGUUAUGCGGUUGUUUGUAACACUCCAAGAGGCCUGUUUUUAGAUAGACGAAUAGUUUCCGUAUUUUUAACAAUGAUUCCAAAAAUUUAAUGACAGUUAACAUAUCACAUCACAGUAGCUUUUCAAUAUACACAGUGCAAUAGUUUCGCAAUUUCCAUGCCUCAAAAGGAAUGAUAAUUUUAUCCAUGAGCCUUUAAGGAUCGUUGGCUUUUCACCAUGUUUGUAUAUUAAAGUUUUGCAUUUCUUGUGUUAUUCUGUAUUUCUUUCAGACUUCGUAUAUUUUGGUUCAACAAAAUUUUAGUUCUUUUAAAAUGUGUGUAUGUUAUGUUUUAGUAAGCAGUGUAUCCGUCGUUUGCUGGCAGCUUUUCUUUUGCCAUAAUAACAAGUUAGUGUUUGAGCAAAUGAUAGAUGUUUUAUUUGUUGAUGAACAUCAAUUUAAAAUGAAAUGGUAGCAAUCUAACAAAGCAACCAUGUAUCGAACACUUUGUUCCCAUCAUUCUCCUGAAUACGAUUUGUUUUUAAAUAACACCCUGAUUUCAGUCUUAAGCUUAUUUUCGUGAGUUUUGUGGUGUAUCAUAAUGAAUGUUUUUGGGUUUUGUUGUCAAACACAUUUUCAAAUUCGUAAUAACCAUACUAUAAUAGCAUGAAGCAUGAUAGUUUCGCUUCGAAAAAUAAAUGAAUGUGUUAUAACGCAUGAAUGUUUUUAGAAAUAUAUUGAAAUAGACAUAAGUGAACAUAAUUAUAGAGUGAACCAUGCACGUGUAAAGAAUUUUUUGAAAACGCGAUUAGAAUACAUAUUAGUUAUUUUUGCAGGAAUAUAGUUUCAAUAACGUAUAUUAAUAUUAAUAUUUUAGUCGAAUAUAUGACAAAUGUAGUUGUUUAUGAUUCAUUCGUUUUGCAAACAAUUCUUAAUGAUCUUUUCUGCAUUUUUGUGUUUGUUUUUAUAUCAGUAUUUUGCCUUAAAAUUUGCAAAAUUCUGUAUAUUUAAAAAUUAAAGUCAUCUUUAUUUUUCAGUAUCGUCUUUUAACAUGUUUGACCCCAUAUAAUUCAAUAUUCCUUUUCCAUAAUUGAUAUGAAGCUAUAGUAAAUACGUUUUUGGCUAUUUGAAUGAUUAUCGCAUUUUUGGACAACGUGUGUAAUGUACAUUACUGUAAAACAAUGCACAUCUUUGUAAACCUACAUCAUGAUAUAAGAGAGAGCUAUGCUUUGUAUGCUGUAUUGUAUGUAUGAAAAUAAAAUCAUUUGCCUUUAAAACAACUA